AUGGACAAUCAUGUCGCCGCAAACGUGUUCGGCACAUUGGGAGCUGUUCUAUGGUCGCUUCAGCUUCUACCCCAAAUCUGGAAGAAUUGGCGACGACACGACAGUGAGUCCCUGUCUGCGGCCUUCUUCUUAUCAUGGGCCAUGGCCGGGGUUCCCCUCGGCGUGUAUAAUAUCUCAGACAACUUCAAUAUUGCUCUGCAAGUCCAGCCGAAUAUCCUCAUCUCCUUAAGCCUCUUGACUUGGUCCCAAUGCAAAUACUACAGAGACAAAUGGAACCUGAAAAAAAUACUGCCUGUUGCUAUAGUCCUAGGUGCAGUUCUCGGUGGCGUUGAAGCCGGUCUCGUGUUUGCGCUCCGCGUCGCCUACAGACGAGGUGAACGGUGGCCGACAACUCUCAUGGCAAUUCUUUCUGCCGUUCUUCUGGCGGCUGGGGUAUUACGGCAUUACGUCGAUAUGUUCAGGACCCGGUCAGAUGCAGGAUUGUCGCUUAGAUUUGCGCUUCUUGAUGCGAGUGGUGAUGUGGCCUCGAUUUUGUCGGUGAUUUUUCAGCCUUCACUGAGUAUCCUGGGACUAGUUAUCUAUGGUACGGAGUUUGUUAUAUGGGUGGGGCUCAUGGUUAUUUUGUUAUAUUUUCGGGCUGCACGGUGGAGGAAAGGAAGGGAUAUACGAGUGGAUGGACCGUUCGAUAGUACGAGUAACUGA